UUUUUUAGGGUUGUGGAGAAAAAGUAGAGGGAGAAAAAAGGACGAGCCAUUACCAAUACGAGAACGAUCAAUGGACGAUGAAUUCAAAAGGGGCACCGGGGUAGGAAAUUCUCUUAUGAGGAAUUGGAGAUCGCGACAGAAAAUUUCUCGGAGAAAAGGAAACUUGGAGCAGGGGGAUUUGGUGGGGUUUACAGAGGAUUUCUAAAGGAAAUGAAUUCCGACGUUGCUGUUAAGAGGGUGUCAAGGGAGUCCAAACAAGGCCUAAAAGAGUACGCAUCGGAAGUGAAAAUCAUCAGUCAGUUGAGGCACAGGAACUUGGUGCAACUCAUGGGCUGGUGCCACGAUAAAGGCGAGCUCUUGCUAGUUUACGAGUUCAUGCCUAAUGGAAGCCUGGACUCUCAUUUAUUCAAGGCGAAAAGUUUGUUAACUUAGGAUAUAAGAUACAAAAUCGCGCAAGGCCUAGCCUCAGCAUUGUUCUAUUUACACGAAGAAUGGGAGCAGUGUGUGGUGCAUAGGGACAUAAAAUCGAGCAACGUGAUGUUGGAUUCGAAUUUCAAUGCCAAAUUGGGAGAUUUCGGGCUAGCUAGGCUGGUCCACCACGAGGAACAGGUCGAGACCACAGUUGUGGCGGGGACCAGAAGUUACAUGGCUCCAGAGUGUCUUAUCACGGAAAAAGCUAGCAAGGAAUCAGAUGUCUACAGCUUCGGGGUCGUGGCAUUGGAAAUAGCAUGUGGAAGGAGGCCCAUUGAGCCCAAUGCACAGCAAAAUGAGGUCAAAAUGGUGGAUUGGGUGUGGGAACUGUAUGGAAAUGGGAAAAUUCUGAAGGCGGUUGACCCGAGACUAGGUGUCGAAUAUGAUGAAAAGAUCAUGGAGUGUUUGAUGGUUGUUGGGCUUUGGUGUGCGAACCCGGAUUGGGUCCAUAGGCCCUCCAUCAGGCAAGCAAUUCUGGUGCUGAAUUUUGAAGUUCCAUUGCCUGUACUUCCUGAGAAAAUGCCCAUGCCGACGUCUUUUGGUCCUCAGGGAAAUUCUUUCGGAUCUUAUGCUAAUUCAUCGUUCUACGCAUCCGGGGGCAGCAGUCAAGUUCAGUCUUCAAGCUAUAGUGGCAAUAGCAAUAACAGUGUUGCAAAGUCGCUGCCUUCUCAUCCUUCUCCUGCCGCUGUUUCGUUUUCCUCUCCCCACGGGAUUACAACCUAAGUCGAUCUAGCUAGUUUGAAAUUGUUCUGUUUGUUUCUCGUUGGAUGUUGUAUUUUCUGUUUUUCUUUAUUUUUGUUUUGCAUUAUAUGUUGUAUUUUCUGCUUGGGUAUUGUUGUCGUUUUGGGUUUUCGGUUUUCGUGGUUUCAGAUGCAAUGACAAUGAAAUGUU